AUGGCUUCAGAAACGGCGGAGCUUCUGUGGCUCGUGUUGCGUGGUACAAGUUAGAACAGCAGAUCUCUCCUCUAAUUUGUACCCAGCCUGUAGCAAUGACAAUAUGGGUCUUUUCAUCUGGGCUUGGGUCUUUGGCAAAAUCACCGAAUGCUGUGAUGAGUUCCCUGUAUGCGGUAUCGGCCUGAAAGAUUGCAUCCCCCCACAUCCCGCCGAGCUUGAACGUCGGAAAUUCGAUGCUCACAACGAUCCCGAAGUCUCCUGGACCCUCCCUCAAGGCAAUGAAUAA